AUGGCAGGGAAACAAACAAAAACAGCCAAGCGGGCUAGAUCCCAAAAUUUGAAGCGAAAUGUAACUCCGGAAGUAACUCAAGAUUCUCAAGCUAGAAACCAAAUGGCUCAUGUUCCUAAGAUGACUGAAGCUUCGACUCAGCGUAAACUAUCCAAACUGCAAGCCAAAAAGCAACUGGCUAUAACGCGAUUAUACGGUCAGAAAAAGAAGAAGGUUUAUUCUGAAAAAGAAUUAGAUAUUCCAACUCUUAAUAAGGCUAUCGUGCCUGGUGUUAAGAUCAAGAGCGGCAAAAAAGGCAAAAAGUUCGUCAAUGAUCAUGAUCUUUUAACACUUAAUAGAUUAAUCAAUACUAUUGGAGACCAUAAUGAUCAAAUCACAGAAAGUAAAUUGGAAAAAGCAAAAAGAUUAGAGGAGAUCCGUGAGUUGAAGAGACAAGAAAUUGAGAGGAAAGAAGACGAAAAGAAGGAACAGCUAGAGAACAAGAAGGAUGAGAUAAAACGUAAAGCUUCUAUUGCUAGGUCAUUGCGCAGAAAGAACAAGAGAGAAACGUUUCAUGCAAAUCCCCUUACUGCGGCUUCGGAUGCUGUGAAACCGCAGAAGAAAGUUGCAUUCGCAUGA